UGUGCAAAGAAAGCCAUUCUCAGAGAAAAGACCAAACACUAUCGAGUGUUUUGGUCUAGACACCUUGAGGAUCAGAAAAGAAAGCGGGACGUCCUUCGCAAGACUGCUGAUCAGACUGGAGGAACGGAAGACGUACAAGCCUAGAGACGACAAUCAGCUGUCCUAA